AUGGCGAGCUGCAUGCAGAAGAUGAAUGGGCUCAUUCAUCUUUCACGCGCCCAAGUAUGGUCAACAGCCCGUGUACUGAUUCCAGUCAACCCUCACACUGCAUAUCAGUCGCGGAGGCACUUCUUCUCCAGGACGUCCCUUCUAUCUAGAUAUACACCAAGCCCAAGAGUCCGACGAGCCCAACAAAGCCGACAAGUGCCGCCGUCGCCCUCUGAGCCGCCGCCUGAGCAUGAAUCCAACAACAAUGGAGGACCUACUCCAUAUAACGUUCCUAAUAUCACCAUUGGGAUUGUCAUUUCUGCAUGCGUAGGAAUAUGGGGCUGGCACUCAAUGUAUCUUGCAGAGUAUCGACGGACGGGCUCGAGAAAAAUUCGCGAGACUCUGGAAGAAUUUAACAAGAAUAUGGUGAUGUCGUUGAGAAAUAUCCAAGAGGGUCGAUCCUACACAAUACUCACAUCUACGUUUACACACUUUAACACCCUACAUCUGGCUUUCAAUAUGAUGACCCUCUGGUCAUUUGGACGUCCCCUGGUGGCAUUCUACGGUGUUCCCACGUUCAUUAUCUUGUGGGUUGGUUCUGGCAUUGCGGGUGGAGCUCUUCAGGCGUACGCCUGGUCCAAUAAUGGCCCGUAUCACGCUCACCAGGCCGUUGGAGCUUCGGGCUCCAUUUUUGGCAUGCUGGCAGUCCUUACUUGUAUAACGCCCAAGGCACAAGUUGCACUCUUCUGGAUUCCAAUGACUCUAAGGGCGUCGACGAUUUUGACGGUCGCGUUCAGUGUUGCAGCUAUUUCCCAGGACUGGCUCCCGUUCUUAGGGCACUGGGAUCAUUUGGGAGGCAUGGCUUUUGGCGCCUUCUGGUGGCUUAUAGCACUGCGUAGAGGCAGGAUGGGACCCAAGAGUGCACUGAGGAACUUUCUGUAG